GAAAACACAUAGCCUACCAUCAGUUGCAACACAAAUAUAUCAUAAUGGUAACGGUUCUUACCUUAAAAACAGCUUUUUCCUUGACUUUGCUCGGGCUGAAGUCCAAAUCCCGCACCAGCUCAGCUGCUGUUGUUCAUGAGCCUCAGUGCUAGCGUUUAGUAAAUAUGUGCCUCUCUUCCACUAAAUAAUAUGUAGAAAAUAUGAACGAUAUUUUAAAAGUCUAGUGUAAUCUUAAUAUUUUGGUGAUUGUCUGGGGUGACUCCCCCGAUGCAUAUCCGGCCUUGACCACAUCAGACUGAAAGACUUCAAUAUGUUGUUGAAUGGUGCCCUGAUGGCAGCUGACCUUAGGCCGGAUUUAACCCUAAUUUGAUAGUUGUCGGAUCCAAAGCCAGAGCCCCUAUAAGAAAUUCUCUGUCCAAGCUUUAAAAAAAAAAAAAAAACUACACACAACGUAGGCUAUUCCAUAUUGAUCACGUCAGAACGUUGUCUGGGACAUGAAACAACCUGAUUGGAUAGUCUUCAGUAACGAAUAUGACAAAUGGAAGCAAAGGGCUGAAGACUGCUGUUUUGUUGUCGUCAAAGAUGGAAUCUCAUCAAAGACGCAAAUUUAAAGAGUUUGGAGAGAGAGAAAAAGCAGCAGAUAAACAGUGGUCCAAUGGAUGCAGCAACAGAAGCAAUUGUACUGGCAUUUCUUUCCGGACUAAAUAUCAUGGAUCAAAAUGGAGCGAUCACACGUUGCCCAAAACUCAUAAAGACAAUACAAAUACUUUCCUCUCUGAGGUACUGAAACCAGAUUCAUAUUACACAGUGACUGUGCAAUUUGUUAAAACUCCCUCUGAAUUCUGGGUUCAGACAGAACUGGCUAUGGAUAGACAUGAAGAAAUGAAGAUGGAAAUGUCUGAAAUGUAUGGAAGUGGAAAUGAUUUAAUCCUCCAAAGUCCAAAAGUGGGCACUCUGUGUGUAGUCUUGAUCAAGUGUGGUGAUUUCUAUCGUGCAGUCGUCAAAGCAGUCCUUGACACGAAAGUUAAAGUGCAUUUUGUUGACCAUGGAAAUGAGGCUAUAGUGGAUCAGCAAGACCUCAGGAUUCUCUGCAGUGAACACAGAAAAUUGCCAGCACUUGCAUUCAAAUGCUCCCUCUCUGGUAUAAGCCCAAUUGGUAACGACUGGAGUCAAAAGGCAAUUGAUUUCUUUGUGGAUGAGGCUAGUCAGAUAUUGUUGGACAUGCAUGUUUCUGCCCACUGUCAGGAUAAAUACACGGUGGAAUUAUUUUACAAGAAUGCUGGUCAAAGAUCCAUCAAUGAAAUGAUGUGCAGUGAGGGCCUUGCAGUAAAAGAUGCGGCAGGUGACCGCUUUUCACCACUGAGGCUAGACUCUGGGUGCUCCACAGCAGAGGCCUCAGGAGAAGACUCUACCGAAGGGGACAGCAUGAGAAGUGAUGGCACAUAUGAUAUGUUGCGCUCGGCUCUUGAAAUGGAGGUAGGGUCACAGGAGAAGGUUUGGAUAACUUGUGUUAAAAAUGUACAUGAAUUCUAUGGCCAGCUGGAGAGGCAUUCCGGUGAGAUUGAGAAACUCAACAAACAAAUAGAGUUUUUCCGUGGUCAGCUACAAGGCACCAAAUGCUCUCUUUCCCCUGGUGCCCCAUGCUUUGCAAAGUAUUGUGAUGGGCAAUGGUACAGAGGACAUCUUAAAAUAACAAAACCUAUCAUCUUGGUGCAUUUCCUAGACUAUGGGGACAUUGUGGCUGUAAACAAAUCAGACAUACUCCCAGUUCCUUAUUGGGCAAGUGAAAUCAUGUUCAUUCGUGCUCAAGCUGUAGAGUUUAAUUUGUCAGAUGCUCCUGCAGACACAAGCAGUGAAGUGAACAGAUGGUUUGAAAAUUAUGCCACCGGUCAACACUUUACAGCCACACUGUUGGAAAAAUAUCCUGGUGGAAAAUUUACAGUGGAACUCCAUGAUGGUAAAUUAAAUGUGAACAAGGCCAUCAGGGAAAAGUCACAGAGAGCAGGACCAAAUUCUCUUAAAGUACUGGACCAUUCCACACCGUCUCAAACCCAUGAUCUACCUACUUUAAGAGAGUGCAAAAUGUCAGACCUUAGAGCAUCGUUUAAGGGAAAUUAUGGUAUAAAACAACAAGGGAACCCAUCCUUUCAGCAUGGUGGUAGAGAACCAAUUCCUGGAAACACAAAUGUCCCUAAUAAUAGAAAUACUUCUGCCAACCUUCCCAUGUCUCAAAAGCCUGACAAGAAACCUUCUUAUAAUCCAAGGAGAGAGGUUGUCAGUAAGACAAAACCUUUUGGCCCUCCAGUGAAAAGAGCAACAGAAGAUUUGGUCAUGGGUGUCAUAGCCCCAUAUACAACCAAAGCAAAUCCCCCACAGCCACAAAAGCUUGUUUCUGUUCGAGGCAUCUAUGGCCGUUCUGAGCCAUGUCCUGCAUCCUGUCCCAAACUGGCCAAUCUUCCGGACCGGCCCAUUGGACCAGGUGUUGCAACAGAAGUCUAUGUCUCUCACGUCAACUCUCACUCCAGUUUCUUUGUCCAGUUGGUGGAGGAUGAAGAUAAAAUACAUUCUCUUGUUGAGGAACUAAAUGCAGACCAAAAUCAGCCCAACACUGUCUCUGAUGUGGAUCUGAAAACCUUACAGGAGGGCGAUGUGGUGAGUGCCUUAUACCCUGAUGAUGAGUCCUGGUAUCGUGCUGUCGUCAUGAAGGUGAGUGACGGUGGCUCCAUCCUUGUUGAAUUCAUUGACUUUGGAAAUGAAGCAACUGUUGUGUCCAGCAUGGUGCGAAGUUUGAAGAACAGUUUUCUGGACACUCCCAGACUAAGCGUUCACUGCAGUAUUAAUGUUGAUGUGCAUGACAUGCUCAGCAAUACAUCUGAUGAGGAAAUGACUGUCAAAUUGAAGGGCAUGGCUGAAGGAGAGACUAAGAAGAUUACCUGCAUGUUUGUCAAGCGGUCUGGCAUUGUCUGGGAGAUUUGCUUUGUGGAUCCAGGAACCACACCAGAAAACUCCCUGGCAAAGCUGACGAGUAAUCCACCUAUAGCCAAAGACGAUGUCUUGGAGACAAAAAAGGCUGCUUCUACAACAGAUGUCCCCUGCCCCUCUGAAUCAUAUCCAGAAGGCUUGCUCAACUUCACAGAUCUUCCCAGUAGGCCCAUCAGACUAGGAGUUGUAACGGAAGUCUAUAUCUCCCAUGUCAACUCUCUAGGCAGUUUCUUUGUCCAGUUGGUGGAGGAUGAAGACCAAAUACAUUCUCUUGUGGAGGAACUUAAUACAGACCAGCUAUGCAGUCAGUCUAAUGUAAAUGUGAGAACUUUACAGGAGGGAGAUGUGGUGGGUGCCUUAUACCCCGAUGAUGAGUCCUGGUAUCGUGCAGUCGUCAAGAAGGUGAAUGAUAGUGGCUCCAUUCUUGUGGAAUUUAUCGACUUUGGGAAUGAAGCGACUGUUAUGUCCACUAUGGUGAACAGUUUAAAGAAAAGAUUUCUGGACUCUCCCCGCUUCAGUGUUCAUUGCUGUGUUGGUUAUGAUGUCAAUGAACCACUCAACAGCACAUCUGAGGAAGAAAUGACUGCUAAAUUGAAUGAUUAUACAAGGGGAGAGGCGAAGAAGGUGUCCUGUACGUUUGCUAAGCAGUCUGAUCAUGUUUGGGAGGUUUAUUUUGUAGAAUCUGAUACCACUCUGAAAACUUCUCUGGUGGGAAUGUCAGGCAUUACAAGUGAGACAAAAAAGAGUUGCCAAAGCACACCAGUAGUUUAUUCCACUACGGACAUGCCCAGCUUGUCUCAGCAGCCUGCAGAAUCUCCACCCAAACUGGAAGAUCUUCCCAAUAAAACAGUCACACCUGGUGUUGUAACAGAAGUGUACCUUUCCCAUGUCAGCUCCCAAGCCAGUUUCUUUGUCCAGUUGGUGGAAGAUGAGAAUAAAAUACAUUCUCUUGUGGAGGAACUGAAUACAGACCAGCCAUGCAAAGACACUGUGAAUGUGAUAACUUUACAGGAGGGCGAUGUGGUGGGUGCCAUAUACCCUGCUGAUGAGUCCUGGAAUCGUGCUGUCGUCAAGAAGGUGAACAGCAAUGGAACCAUCCUUGUGGAAUUCAUCGAUUUUGGAAAUGAAGCAACGAUCAUGCCUAGUCUGACGGGCAGUUUAAAGAAGAGAUUUCUAGACAUUCCCAGAUUGAGUAUUCAUUGCUGUGUUGGAUAUAAUGUCAGUGGACCACUCAAGAGUACAUUUGAGGAAGAAAUUACUUCUAAAUUGAAGGACUAUGCAAACGGAGAGGCUAACAAGGUGUCUUGUAUGUUUACUAAACAGUCUGGUCUCAUUUGGGAGGUUUGUUGUGUAGAUCCAGAUAUCACACUGAAAAGCUCCCAGACUGAGAUGACAAACGCCAUAUGUGAGGCCAAAGGUAGUUCCCAAGAGGCGAUGUUGGGUUGUUCUCCUAAAGAUGUGCCCUGCCUACCUAAGCAGUUUGAGGAUGCCUUGCCCAAACUGGAAUCUCUUCCUGACAAACACUUAAGACCAGGUGUUGUAACAGAAGUGUAUGUGUCACAUGUCAACUCUCCAGGCAGUUUGUUUGUCCAGUUGGUGGAGGAUGAAGACCAAAUACAUUCUCUUGUGGAGGAACUGAAUACAGACCAGCCAUGCAGUCAGUCUAAUGUAAAUGUGAGAACUUUACAGGAGGGAGAUGUGGUGGGUGCCUUAUACCCCGAUGAUGAGUCCUGGUAUCGUGCAGUCGUCAAGAAGGUGAAUGAUGGUGGCUCCAUUCUUGUGGAAUUCAUUGACUUUGGGAAUGAAGCGACUGUUGUGUCUAGCCAGAUCAGAUGCUUGGGGAAGAGCUUCCUGCAAGUUCCAAAACUCAGUGUUCACUGCUGCCUUAAUGAUGGUUUCAAUGUACUGUCUGCUGAAGAAUUGAUGACUACAUUGAGAGAAACUACUGAUGGAGAAGUUAAGAAAAUGAACUGUAUUUUCAUCAAAAACUCUGACCGUGUCUGGGAGAUCCAUCUUGACAAGUCAGGCACCACUAUAGAACCCAAAGCUCCAAAGUCAGAAGAUUCUAUAAUGGGUCUUACAGACCAUUCAACUUCGGUGGUGGAACCAGCAACAGCAGCAUCACCUUGUAUCAUCUGAUGAAAAUUGAAGCCAUCGGAGAUCAGAUUUCAGUGGCAAUGUUUUUUGAAUUAUUGAAUUUUUAGAGCAUUUUAUGGAUGACUAUCAAAUGAUAUCAAGACGUAGGUUAUCUAUAGACAAACUUUUAAUAUGCAUCUGUACAUGGAUAUUUAAAUGGGACAACUGAGUACUGUCAAUUU